AUGGAACUCACCUUUAGAUUUAAAGGGUGGAGGGCAACAAUGUUGAGCUGCUUCUCUUGUUGCCUUCCAAGACAGGAAACCACUGAUAGAUCAUCAAAGACAACCGAAAAUGAAGAGAAGAAGAACAGGAGAACUUCAGCUAGUGGUCACGCACACAUUCUCUCCUUUAAGUCCGAUAGUGCCAAGAAGAGGUUCAUCGCAGAAGAGGUAGCAAAGGUUGGAAAAGCAGCAGUUCCUGCUCAAGCUUUUUCAUUCCACGAUCUUUCUGAUGCAACUCAGAACUUUAACCCUGAUAACUUGAUUGGUGAGGGGGGUUUUGGAUGCGUUUACAGUGGGCACUUUAAAAGCUUAAAUCAAUACCUCAAAAAGUCCACAAGCCAAUUCUUCCAAACUAAUAAUAAAGCUGACAAAGCUGAAAUCUUUCAGAUACCAAGAAACUCGUUACAGAAAAGCCAAUUGCCGAAAGUUCUUGCUACUUGCUUUCUCAAAAAGUCGCAUGCACAACCUCUGUUGAAGGACAAGAAGAAGUUCCCAUUAAUAGCGGAUCCAUUGCUAGGCGACAACUACCCCUUGAAGUCUCUCCACCAGGCCCUUGCAAUCGCGGCCAUGUGCCUCCAGGAGGAAGCCUCUGUUCGGCCGUUGAUGAGCGACGUAGUGGCUGCUCUCGAGUUCUUGUGUACAGGAAAGCGACCCGAGGAUGAGGAUGGAGUAGAGGAGAAGAUUAUGAAGACACUUUCUAAGAAAGUUGAC